AGGCCUUCUUUGCUUGGCAUCUGCUCCUGGUGGCUGGCAGCACAAUCCAUCCAUUUGCACCGAUGAUGGCCCAGCUCCAGGGGUGUGCUUUUGGCAAGGAGGAGGUGCUGCUGCGCGGUGCAGCGGUGGCAUGGGCCAGUUUCCAUCCACAGUUGCGCGGAGAAUUUGUCCUUGCCGAGAGCGAAAGGAGCAGGAGGAGAGCGCCAGUGCCUUUAUGUCCAACUUUAAUAUUGCAGCUGCAUGCCUGGCAAAUGCCGAACGUGGAACAGGCCUCCCACCAGUUCCCGACUUCGCGGGCGCGGGCGUCAACGCAGCUGCGCGCUGGACUUGCUUGCGGAAGCUCUUCAGGCCUAGCCUGGAGAUUCUUCAUGCAGCUGCAGCGCUGAGAUGUGCUCAGACCUGUUGAACUUUCCGCUGGGUGAGUCAGAAA